AUGAUUGGAGGCGACCAUACUCACGGUGCAGAGGCUGUCAAUUCUCGAAAAAUACUGAUAUAUUUUGAGUCAUUUGAGUUUGUUUUCAUGACACACAUGUUGAUGGAUGUAUUGGGAUACACAUAUGCCUUAAAUAGAUCUUUGCAAAUGAGAGACAGUUUUAUGAUCAAUGGCAUUAAGCUCAUUGAUACUACAAAGCAUCAGUUAGAAAAAAUGCUGGGGGAUGAUAAAUGGGAAAAUUUUCUUAAAGAUGUCACUACUUUUUGUGCGAAGCAUGACAUCAAAGUCCCAAGCAUGGAUGAUAUUUAUGAGCCAAUUUUAAAACCAAAGGGGUUCUUGAGAAAAGUCAAGAAUCUCCAACAUUACCGUGUUGAAAUUUUCACAAGCAUCCUUGAUAGAGCACUUCAAGAGUUGAAUGACAGGUUUGAUGAGAUGAACAUAGAUUUUCUUCUUGGCGUGGCAUCACUUGAUCCAGCUUGUUCAUUUUACCCAUAUAACAAAGACAGGUUACUUGAACUUGCUUGCUCUUAUCCAGAGGACUUCUCAAGCACAGAUUUGUUGCAUCUUCCAAGCCAGCUUACACGGUUUAUUGCUGAUAUGCGUGAGGAUGAAAGGUUUAGAAAAGUGGAAAGUUUUGUUGAGCUUUCUGUUAUGCUUGUUAAAACCAAGAAGAGCCUCAAACAUCCUAUUGUUUACAAGCUUCUUAAAUUGGUGCUGGUUCUUCCAAUAGCAACUGCUAGUGUUGGAAGGGUAUUUUUUGCAAUGGAUCUUGUUAAUAAUAAGCUAACAAAUAGAGUGGGGGACCAAUUAUUGAAUGAUUGCCUGGUUCCAUUCAUUGAGAGGGAGGUUUUCAUGCAAGUUAAGGAUGAGGAAUUGGCAUCUUGCUUCCAAGCCAUAGUAGGAGCAUAA